GCGAUGUAAAGAAAGAGUAUAAGAUAAUGAUAUAAUUGUUGGAAAGGGAUGCAGGUGUUUAAUCGCGUAUAAUUAGCCCGAAUAAAGGGGAGAAAUUUGCAAAACUCGAUAAAUGUGUUCCUGUAGACGAACUAAAGGGGUUGAAAUCAAUCGAUGAACGGAAGUCACUUUAGACGGCAGUAUGUCUUCGAAAGGGGAAGACUAUCUCGACAACGAAUACUAUACUUACAAUCGAUGGUUAUUUCGAUUGAUAGGCUUUUGGGAAGAUAAGACAUCCUCGAAGAAAUUGAUUUACAUUUAUUUCUUCAAUUUCAUAAUAAUCAUUGCGGUGUUAGAACAGAUUUAUGUGAUUUUCUUGUUAAAAGGAGAAUUAAAUUCAAUUGCUAAAUUAUUGGAGACGACCUUGAUUACAUUGUGUUUCGGAUCAUGCUACUACAAUUUAUUAUCGAAUGGUGCUAUUAUGAAGAAAAUUCUUCGUCGUAUAGAUAACGAUUGGAAGAAACUUGCAAACAAGCGGGAAUUAUUAAUACUGGAAGAGUAUGCUAAUAUAAGCAGAAUGUGUACUAUUGGAAAUAUAAGUAUGUUAUAUAGCAUUCGUUAGUUAUAACAGUGUUCGGUAUAAAUAUAUAUUCAUUUUUUCAUAUUUUCAGUCUCCUUUUA